AUGAUUUCUUGUAAAUGUUUUUGUUUAUCUAGUGCAAUCAAAACACUAGACCAAGAAAAAGAUUUACAAGAUUUGCUGAGUUUAGUUCACAAGGAAUCUGCUCAGGAUGGAGUUGCCGUUCACAAGGAGCAGGUGUCUCACUUUGAGAACAACAACGGGGAGCAAAUACAAGUUCAAGCAAAAGAAGAGAAAGUUGUAGACACAAACACUGGGAAGCUGAUUGCCGACGUUAAACAGGAAGUGAAGCAAGAAUCAACCGGAAAAAACUCGGCACCAGAAAUUGUCGUGAAGACAAAAGUUGACAUUCCGGCCGAAGGCGUCCACGAAACGUUUCUGCAGCAAGGCCAGGAAAGCAACAAUGUCGAAAACAACAGAGAUGACGAGGUAGACAACGAUUUAACCCCAGCGGACAUGGCCGAAUAUCUCUACGCUACUCAACGUUUUCCAGCGUUCUAUGCAGCAUUAGAGAGGCUAGUCAACCAGAGUAAGAUGACACCCGCGGAAGCAGAAAUGUACACAAAGGCUGUAGCCCUGGAAUAUGAAAAACUGCAACUUGAAGAACUUGAAGAGGGAGUCUUAAAUGAAAAGCGAAUCCCAGAGGAACAAGUAGCAGUACAGCAAACGGUGCAGGACAAUGUGGGUGACGUCGAUCCUUACGAGUUUUUGGCUGCUUUGUGGAAUGAGGCUUAUGGAAAAGGCAAUGAAGAGGCCCAAGAAAUUGUUAAGAUGCUGUAUGACAGAGUCAGCCAAGACGACAACCCGGACGACAUGGGACAGAUCAGAGAUCUCCUGGUUGAAACUAUCACAUCCUCCAUGAAUGACGAGCCUUCCAACUACCAGGGUGAAGAAGUGCAGCCAACCAAUUCGGAAACUCCUGUUGCAGCAGAAGUGGAGAAAAAGCUUAAAGAAGAAGAUACUAAGACCUCAGACCAUUUCACAGCUGUCAAGCAAACAGAGGAGAAACAUGACGUCAAGUCAGAGCAGAAAGGUGAACAAGUUAAAGAACCAGCAGGCAACAAAGCAGAUGGACAGAGGCAGUAA